AUGUUACAAUCUGCUUUGACUUAUCAGAAAGUCUUUGAAUCUUGUGAAGACUCUGAUAGUUCUUUCAAAUCUGACUUGGGUGAUUUUGUGCCUAAUUUUAUGGACUGGGAGUCUGUGAGCAGUUUGGUGGAGUUGUUGAAAUGUUUUUAUGAUAUGACAAUCAGAAUUUCUGGAUCUUUAUAUGUGACAGCUAACACAUUUUUCAGUGAGAUUUCUGAUUUGAAUUGUAUUUUAACUGGAAUGGUGGAAGCUGGUGGGGCAGUGAGUUUAAUGGGGAGACAUAUGAAAGCAAAAUUUGAGAAGUAUUGGGGUGAUAUAGACAAGAUGAAUCUUAUGAUUUUCUUUGCUAACAUUCUAGACCCCAGGGAUAAAUUAGAGUAUAUGCCUACUCAAAUUAAUCAUAUGUAUGGUGAGGAGAAAGGUAAACCAUACUAUGAUAAAGUGCUUGCUGGUUUGAAUGAGUUAUUUGAUGAUUAUUCUGUUCCUGCCACUUCUUCUGCUUCUGGUUCUUCUGUGUCUGCUGCUGUUGGUAGUGCUUCUUCUGUGAGUUCUGUCAGUUCUGUGUCUGUUGGAAGGCCACAACAUUUACUCAAGUCCCAAAUUAAAAAACAAAGAUUGGAAUCUGGGGGUAAGAAAAAAACUGAACUGGAUAUCUACUUGAGUGAGGCAAUAGUUGAGGAGGAAAACUCCUUUGAUAUUCUGAGAUGGUGGAAGAUAAAUGCUGUGAGGUUUCCCAUCCUUUCUAAGCUUGCUAGGGAUGUCCUAGCUAUUCCAAUCUCAACUGUUGCCUCUGAGUCUGCCUUCAGUACAUCUGGGAGAGUAUUGGAUCCUUUUAGGAGUUCAUUAACUCCAAAAAUUGUGGAAGCUUUGGUGUGUACGCAGGAUUGGCUUAGACUGCCCAAUACUCCUCUAUGUAUUGAGGAAAAUCUUGAAGAACUGGAGAGGUUUGAAAAAGAGUUAGUUGAUGGUGGAAGUGGAAGGAAUUUUGAUCCUACACUGGCUACAAUUCCAUUUAUGUGGCAAAUGGCAAUGAUGAAGCUUCCACCUAUAAUCUGA